UCUUAGUCCACUGGGAAACUGACCACUAGUUUCCGAAUCAACACUCACUUCACUCUUGUAUCCAUUCGCUACACUUUGCCGUGCUACUAUCUUCUGCCUACUACGCUAGCCAUGGCAUCCGGCAACAAAGUUUACGUUGUCACCGGUGGGAACAGAGGUCUCGGCCUUGGCCUGGUCAAAUCGCUCCUGGCGCGCCCUGCUACCACCGUCAUUGCUUCUGUCCGCAAUGCGGAGGCAGCCGCCAGUCUCCAGGCGGAGGCCCAAGCUGUCACCGCAGGCAAGCAAAGCAGCCUCCACAUUCUCCAGCUCGACUUCUCAUCGGCCAGUGCUCCCGAAACGGUCGCCGAGACUUUCAAUACUGCCGCUGGCGUUGACCACAUUGACGUUCUCAUCUGCAACGCCGGGUACGCAGCCCCCAUGGUGCCUGCUGUCUUGACUUCGGCUGAGGAUCUGCGGGCAUCCUUCGAAACCAACACAAUUGCUCCCUUGCUCGUCUUCCAGGGACUGUGGCCCUUACUCCAAAAAUCCGCUGGCGCGCCCAAGCUCAUCAACAUUACUUCUUCAGUCGGCUCCAUCGGCGGCCAAGAACCCUUCCCGGGCGGCGCUUAUGGGCCCAGCCGUGCGGCGGGAAAUUGGCUCACGCGCGCACUUCAUCUUCAGCACCCGAAUCUGAUUGCCGUGGCACUACACCCGGGAUGGGUGCAGACACGGGCAGGAGACUUUGUCGCUCAGCAGUGGGGAUACGUACCUGGCCCUCCUGAGACAAUCGACAACAGCGUCAAGGGAAUGCUGCAGUUGAUCGACGGGGCUACUCGAGAGGCUACUUCGGGCAAGUUCAUUACCUAUGAGGGACAAGAGCUGGUGUGGUAGACCUUUGCCAGCCUCAACCUAUGUUGAUGCCUUGUUAGAGAUUCUCACUUGGAAAUUAUACUGGAAUAUACUAAUGCAGUCCAUUUCAGUUAUGAAUUUCAACCUCAUUGACUCAGGACUAAAACUUGCCCUAUGACAUGAGACAUGUAGACAUUUUUCUCUCCGCCUCCUCCCCUUUAGUAUUCCUCUUGUGACUUCCAUGCAAGGCUAUAC